GGAGCAGAUGUGAGAGGAGUGGGCUACAGCAGGGGCCAGACGCGCGGUAAUUAGCCGCGGAUGUUUUAACGGGAAUAACCGGAUUAUGAGGAUUGGAGAAGGAGAAGUCGCCAGAGUUCGGUCUCACACAAGACGAGGGAUUGAGUCAGGCGUCCUCGCCCCCCGGGUCGCCGUGAUGGGGAUAGACCGGCGACGGGGAUCGCUGGCUCUCACCCUGAACUUCCUCGCCUUGUUCCUGGCCGUGUCCGCGCUCACCACCAGCCACUGGUGCGAGGGGACGCGCAAAGUGGUGAAGCCGUUCUGCACCGGCACGUUCACCACCCGGCAGACGUUCUGCAUCCGAUUCAAUAGCUCCAACAUCAACGACACGCGGCUGGUGCAGUACAUCUGGGAGACCGGCGAGGACAAGUACGUGAUGAGGAAGUUUCACACCGGCAUCUGGUUCUCCUGCGAGCAGAACAUCAACAUGACCGGUGAAAAAUGCAGAAGUUUCCUUAAUGUUGCGCCUUCAAAUGAAAGAGGAGUGCUGUGGCUGUGCAUUGUUGCAGAGUGCCUGUACAUCCUCCUGCUGGCCACCGGAGGCAUCCUCAUGUCCAUAGAGGUGUGUCACUUUGGCAAUGUCAUCGACGGCCUCAAGCUCAACGCCUUCGCUGCCAUAUUCACUGUGCUCUCAGGCCUGUUGGGUAUGGUGGCCCACAUGAUGUUCACCACUGCUUUCCAACUCACCGUCAGUCUGGGCCCGGAGGACUGGAAACCUCAGACGUGGGACUACAGCUGGUCAUACAUUCUGGCAUGGAGCUCCUUCACCGCCUGCAUGGCGUCCUCGGUCACCACCAUCAACCGCUACACUAAAACCAUCCUGGAGUUCAAGCACAAGCGCAGAAACAUCGAGAAGAACCUGAAGAUCAAGCAGAAGCUGCUGGAGCUGGACUCUCCGGAGCAAGUGUGGGACAUGUACAUCAGCUCGGUGCCGAGCACCGCCGAGGAGCUGCUGGACCUGUCGUCCAACGGCCGCAAGCUCUCCGACACCUCCCUCUUCCUGGACCUCAACGACCUGCCCGACCCACAGGGAGAGGAGUACUGCUAGAGGGGCCACUUGUAGCCGUGUCAAACAGCAACGUGGCAUUGCCGUGCUCCAUCUGACACAAUGGUAAUUACUGUAAACACAAUGAGACCAUACAAGUGUUUGGCCAUUUGCUGACAGAAUAUAUAAUUCACCCACAUUUGACAUAUUGUGAUCUUAUGAAAUUGAUAAGUCACUGCUGACAGGUUUAGCAUGAAAAACUGAAACCGAUCGAUCUUAACACACGAGACUAUUGACUCGUAUGGACAUGUUAUAUAUGUUCACAGCCCACAUUUACAAAAAUCACUUUAUUUGGACAUUUUGCCUUUAAGCUCCAUUAAACAAUUUUGGAUCAUUUAAAACAACUGGAAAGCACAUUGAAGUUGGCCAGCUAUUCAUUCAGCAGACAUAGAGUCACUUUAGCAUUCGUUUGGAGUCAUUCCUCUGGCCAAUAUUCAUUCUCCUUCGAGCACAGUUUUUGGUCCACACUAACUGGGGAGGCAGUGGACAGUAGGUUUAUUGAGCUCUAUUUAAUGUUAACAGCUGCCUGAUGGAGGUCGGAGUGGACCAGAACAGUACAGAUGUCGGCCAUAACAAAUGGAUGAGCCGAAAGGCAUUGGGGCAACCUGCUACGAUGGGCAGCUUUCAGUUUUUGGUGGAAGUAAGUAGUCAGUCAGUAGGAAAAUCAGUGACGACAUCGAGCUACAAUUUGAAAUUGAGGCAUUGACUCCUGAAACACACAGAACAGGACAAUAGAAGUUUCUAAGGCUAAACCUUUUUUUGUGUUUUGACCACAUUGUUAUGGACUAGCCAGUGUUGGUAUCAGGGCAGAAAUGAAGGCAUUAAGUAGGUAAAAUAUUUGGGUAAUGUAGAAAAAGAUAAUUAUUUUAACCGUAUUUGGCUAUCUGCCUUCUAGGUAGAACAAAAAAAAGAACGCGAAUGCUGGGGAUUGUUACCACGAGACUACCAAUUAUAAUAAUAUAAAUAUAAUUAUUACAUAGUUUUUUUGUUUUUUGUUUUUGUUUUUUUAAAGGCCAAAUCAUACCUUUUUUUUUCUUCUAGUAAAUACUCUGAGGCCCAAUAUCUGCCAUAGGCUUGGGUACCAAAAAACUGCACUUGCUGGCAUACAUUUUUGGAAAACACUUACGUGGAACAGCACCGAUUUUUGUAGUCGAGUACAACUUUCCCAGGAAGACAUAAAUCGUCGGCAGUGUAUUCUCCAGCAGCCGCAAACUUGCUCCAACAUUUGCAGUUACGCUCGCUGCAGCAAAUGUUCCCGUCCGAUUCGCUCGUGCCGUGUGACCCGCCUCGCGGUUUGCAGGCAUUUCCGGCGGGGCGUGUCUCGGGCUGUCUGCCGUUACUGCGGUGUCUCCGAAUUGACGUGGCGACAAUGUGGCGAUGCUAAAAAUGCUACCUUAGUGCUGAGCCGCGUCGCACGAGUCAUUCCACUUCGGCGCCACAGUGGCGUAAACAUUUGUGAUAACGGACGCCGGACCCCUGCCCGAGUGGGCGUCGCCGUGAAAGGGGAAACUGCUUAGACCGCGCGAGUGUGAAAGGAGAGUGAAGCUGAGGACCGGACCAAAGUGUGGCGAUGGAGCCGCGGGGAGAGAGGUCGGUGACCUGAUCAACUAUAGCACACUCGAAUGGCUCUCAAGCCUUUUUGACUCACUGCCCGUUGGGAUUUAUUAGGGAAGGAGAAUGUAUACAUUUGUCGAAGCUGCGCGCCCUUGACUUGCUGUAGAUAUGCACUCUGUGGGGAAGCGCAGCGAUGGGAAGCUCGCACUGAUUCCAAUGUGGCACUCGUACUCCAUUUUGUUUUUUGGAGGUGGUGGCGCACGCCGCCUCCCAAAUGUGAACCAAAUGGAAUUAGUCUGGCACACACCUCGCCAGGUCUCGUGCCCUGUUCUACCGCCGAAGUCAGUGUUUCCGCGUCUCAGUGGUUUUAUGCUCCAUCCACAGGGGAAGGGAAUGGGACGAUGGUGACGUGGGCAGAAGACGCCUCUCGGCCAUGCUGAGUGCCUUUUUCUUACAGACAGCAUGCCGCCGAUCAGACAGCAUGCUCUGCCGCUCACCGCAGUCUGAACCAAGGCAACGCUGUUUUCUCCAACCGAUUCCUGCUUCAGAGCAAACACGUAGCUGUCUGUGCAAAACUGCCAAAAUCGUGCCCGCGACGGGAGCACGCCUCUUUUGAAGCGAGCAGUGUUAAUACUUACCUGACAGUGGGUACCUUUUCUUAUUUGUUCACAGAGCUGUAUCGACUGGGACACUGGAUAAUACCAUUGGUGUGAAAUACAGUGCUUUUUAAGUGCAUUUGAAAUUGUAUAUUGUGUUUGUGUAAUUCUUCCACUUGAUUCUAAAUUCCAUUUCAUCACCCCGGGUGGCAGUGAACGCCUAAGCAUGUAUUGUUGUCUUUGUGUGUAUGUCGGACUUCUUUACAGUGGCACUUCUUGUGUGGUGUUCUUAAGUUACAUUUGUUUGUGGAUAAUUAUUUUGCAACCUAAUGUAUUGAUAUGGAUAAAACUUUCUAUGAGAAGAUUUUAAUUUAAAGGUAAAUGAGACGGGAAUAUCAUAAUAAAGAAAUAUGUUUUUA